CGUCCAGACAUGAUCAUCACCUCUGCUGCUUCGAAACAAGUGAUCAUGCUGGAACUUAGUGUCCUGGGAAGAGCACAUGGAGGUAACGAGAGGAAGCUUGCCAAGUACCCGGUACUGUUCGAGAUGUGCAGAGGCAGAGGCUGGAGGACAAGCUACGAGCCCAUAGAAGCGGGCCGUAGAGGACGAGCUACGAGCCCAUAGAAGCGGGCCGUAGAGGACGAGCUACGAGCCCAUAGAAGCGGGCCGUAGAGGACGAGCUACGAGCCCAUAGAAGCGGGCCGUAGAGGACGAGCUACGAGCCCAUAGAAGCGGGCCGUAGAGGACGAGCUACGAGCCCAUAGAAGUGGGCUGUAGAGGCUUUGCAGGUCGCUCCCUCAGCAGAACUCUCAGUCGACUGGGUAUCUCAGGAAUGGCUAAGAAGAGGGCCAUACAAUCUGCAACUGAAGCGGCAGAGAAAGCCACGAGAUGGCUUUGGCUCAAAAGGGCUGAUGCAUGUGUAGCUGCUGGGAUGACAGUCAGGGCUUGUCAUUUACUCAUAGAAUUCAAACCCACAACCUUCUUAUUGGUGGCCCACAGUCCUGUCUGCUAGGCUUCCACUGCCAGCAGUGUUCCUUUAUCUAGUGGCAAUAAAGCACUGAGACAUGUAAUUAAAGUUACAAUAAUAAGAAGAACAAGUAUCACUGUUAACACACUGACCUUUGACCCUGUGUCUUGUCUAAUCUUAACAUGUUGGUUGUUUAGACUGUGUCUUGUUGGUUGGUUCUUGUGGGAGUGUAGAAACUGGAUACUCAUGGUUCAAAUUUACUCACAAGACCUCAAGGAAUUAAUCCACACACGCAUAGCACAACAAAAAGUAAAAUGUAUUCAUGUCCGUCCCCCCCCCAAGUAGAGUUUGUAGGGUGCUCAGCAUCAGUGUUUUUACAGGGAGACACAAAAUCUCGAUGCUUCAGGAGACAGUUAAUCACACAAACACUGCAUGUUCUGUUAAGUAUUUACAGUAUACAAAUAUACCACACACAUGGACACAGCAAAAACACACAUCCAUGCAAAACUAGAAAAGCCAGACCAUUGUUUGUGAAUAUUGUUUUUGUGAAAAAAGUGUUAUCCAUUAAGACAUCAUGCCUGGAAUAAAAUGACUAUAAAUUCAAAGUUGUAAUUGCUUUUGAUUCUAACAGAACCUCAAGUUGUGUUCUAGUAAUAAAAUGAAUUAGCUCUCAAAUUCAGGUUGUGCUAGAUCCUGGAGUUCUCAUUAGUUGCAGUUAUAUAGCACCUUUCUCAAACUCAAGGACGCUUCACAAAUAUCGCGCCUGGUGAGAAGCGACAUCAGGAAGCGGAGGAGAGUAAGACCAGGACAGAGCACCAACCACCACUGGACAUACAGACACAGAGAACAUGGAGACUCCGAGCUGAGAGGCAAACGUGCGAACCCCACCGCAGGCCACCAGGUGGCGCUCGCAGCCUUCAGUCGCCUUCUGUCGGAGGAAAUGACGUCUUCGCGAAUGUUUACCAGCGGAAAAUGGCGUCAGAUUCAAACGGACUUGAAACUUAAGGUCAGUCGCGACGCUUGUGGGUGUUUUGCAGCGCUAUGCCGCACUUUGGAGAAAGCGCACAGAGUCUGAACGGUGCAGGUAUUGUGUCUGCAGGAGUGUGCAGCUCGUCUUUGUUAGCUGAGCUAAUGCUGCUGUCGGUUGCUACUGGAUACGGUUUAGUGUAGCGCUCCCAGCGCUGUGAAGGAGCUGCACACCUGCACUGUUGCUUCAGGAGGUUUUGUGUCUCCGCAAACGUCUUGAACCGCCACCGGUAAACUCCGUGCCUCACGGCUGCUAGCUAAAGCGAGUCCUUCGCCUCCACGUGUCUUCUCUGUAAAGCGGGCAGUCUGGCCCACUCGCGCUGCCUCCCCGGUUCACGGUUCACGUUACCGGGACGCGGUCACAGCGCCGUGACGUCAUGCCCACCGGAGCACGCGGAGCCCGGUGCGCCCGCAGCUCUCCGGAGGAAGUCGGCAGGCUGAGAGAGGUGAUUGGUCAGCCACACAGAGAGGGGCGUGGCAGCGAGAAAGAGGAGGAGCUGAGAUGGAGGAUUAACCAGCUGGAGAGAGACGAGCUGGAACAAAGCGCCAAGUACAACCAGGAGGUGUCUGCCUAUGAGGCACAGCUUGCUCGCUUGCGCGCCCUGCUGGAGAGGGGAGAGGCUCACAGACAGACGCUGGAGUACGAGGUCGCCGUGGUGAAGAGAGACGCUGCAGCACAGAGAACCUGCUCCGAGGACAAAAUGGCUGACCUGCUCAAACACAACCAGCAGCUGGAGGGCCUCAGCAUGGAGCUGCGUCAGAGGGCCUCUGAUCUGGAUAGAGCUCUGGAGAUUACGCGGCAGGCUCGAGAGGAGGACCAGGAGGGCCUCCAGGCGGAGCUGCACGAAAGGGACCAUCUGCUCCUCAGCACCAGAGCAGAGAAUGACCUGCUCCAGACAGACAAGCGCCAACUACAGGCCCUGCUACAGGAGCAGAACGAUACCCUGCAGAAGCUCCAGGAGAAGCUGUCACGAGUGCAGAAGGAACAAGAGAGACGAGCAGAAGAAUUGAGAGUGAAGACCUCAGAGCUGAAGACCAGAACAGACAGGGUGGAGGAACUGGAGAGAGAGGUGGAGUCAGCCAAGCAGUGCAUUAAGGAUCUGGAGGAGAAUGUGGAGUCAGAGAGGGCUGCUCAUCUGGAGUCCAAGUUCAACUCUGAGAUCAUCCAGCUGCGUCUCAGGGACGUGGAGGCGUCUCUGUCUCUGGAGAAGAGCGGUCACUCUGAGGCUGAGUCCAGUCUGCAGCUGAUCAGACAGAAGUUUGGAGAGCUGGAGAAAGCGUACACACAUGAGAGAGAGUGUGUCCAGGACACACAACACACACUCCAACAACUAGAGAAGGAAUACUUGAGCAUGAAGAUGGAUCUGAUUGCUCAGCUGGAUAAAGAGAAGGCAGCAUCAGCUGAGCUGAUUGGUCAGUUGGAGCAGGAAAAGGCUGAGUCGGCUAAGCUUUCACUCAGACUGCAGGAGCAGGCCAGAGUGCAGACGCAGAACCAACGGGAGCUCAACCUGGCUCAGAAGGAGCUUAGCUGUGUUCAGGGUGCGUAUGAAAGCCUCCUUAAAGAAAUGGAGCAACUUUUGCAACAUUAUCACCACCAGGAGGCGCCACAGGUCAACUGCACAGGAAACAGAGAUAAAUGGAACCCAUCUGCUCUGAUGGAUAUUCUCAGACGAACCUUACACCAGUAUCACACAGAGCUGCAGGACUUGGUGAAAUUGGUGGAGAUGCUGAACAAAGAGACCAAAGAGAAAGAGAUGAUGAUCACUGAUCAGAGAAGAAACAUCCAGGAGUGUGAGGCACGGUCUGAGUGUGUAGGUGAGGAGGUCAAGCGUCUGCGCAGGAACGUUGCAGACGCUGCAGCUGCUUUAGAGAGCACGCAGACAGAACUACAGAGCGUCACACACCGCUGGGAGGAGGAGAAAGAACGACACACACACACCAAAGCACAAAUACACACUCUCACACAGGAGCACGAGAGGGACCAGCAGGAGAAGCUUGGAUUCCUGCACACUCUCUAUCAGCGGCUGGUUGCUGGCUGUGUGCUUGUGGCCCCACUGCAGAGCAUGCUGGGUAGCUUUUCAUGGGUGGAGCUCAGUUCUGUGCUGCAGGAGCAUGUGGAUAUGCUGACCUCUGACCUCCACUCUGCCAAUCAGAGGCGCUCAUAUCUGGAGACUGUGUGUAACGGGAAGACUGCAGCCCUGGCGAGUGUGUGUGAACAACUGAAGCAAAGAGAAGAGAACUGGAUGAAACAGAGAGAGGAGCUGAACACACACCACACACACCAAACCAACGAACUGAACCGCAGAGCACAGGAUUUAAAGGGCCAGUUGGAGCAGGCUGAGGAGAGCAUCCGUGUUUCAGAGUGCGCUUUGUCUGACCUCAGACAAGAAGUGAUUCGCCUCCAGGGCCUUCUGAGUGUGUGUCGUCGUGACGAUGCGUCUCUGCUGGCUACCUGCGCACUGCUGGCGGGGUGUGUGUGCGCGCUACAUGGCCGUGUGUGCACACUAGCACGUCAGAAGGCCCUGAUGUGGAACAGAGCAUGUGACGGAUGGGAUCUUAGACACCAAGUGGGCGCUCUACUGCACGCGCUCGGUGACCCCGCGGUCAAAGGUCACGCGGACGGUAGAGGAGGCGUGUGGAGGUUCCGGCGCGGUGUCAUCGCCGUGCUGGCCGCACUGCGUCUCCAAGCACUCCGGAGGAACUCUCACACACUCUUCAGGGUCGCCGGCGGUUACGGAAUGUGCCCCAGUGUGUGUGUGAAGGAGCUUUGGAUGAUGGAAGGAUCGGAGCGGAGAGAGGAAGAGGAGGAGAGUAGCAGAGUGAUGAAGAUGCUGAGAUCGUCUGAGCUGUGUGUGAUUAUACACACCUGCAUGCAGGGAGUGAUGAAGGAGCUAGACAAGACAGAGUGUGGCUCUGAUGUGCUGGAGGCUGCACAGAACAGCUUCAGUAAGCUGCUGGAGAGACUGCUCGCGGUAGCAGACCCUGACUCCAAGGGGCACUGUGGAGACCUGGGAUCGUUGGCAUGGCAACUUGGUCAGGGACUACACAGGCUCUGCACAACCCAACAUAGUCUACCAGGUUACUACACUAGCAAGUGCAUGGUCUCAUCUCUGCAGCAACACUUCCUGGUGUUCACACAGCGGCUGCAUUCUGCUGAGGUCGAGCGGAGGGAUCUGCGGCUUGAGCUUUCCCGUCUAAAACGCAACACCACUCAUCCCCACAGUGACCCCAAGAACAGCCCUCACCCCCACAGUGACCCCAGAACCACGCAUGCAGCGUGUGUGCCUGUGGCUCAGUUCCGUGGUGUGUGUGAGGAGCUGAGCUCUGCUCUGUACAGGGAACAGCAAGCUCAGACCCUCCUGCACCAGCAGGCCACACAGCUGCAGGAGCUGGGCCUCACCAUGGAGCUGCACACUGGGGACCAGCUGGAGAAAGAGCACGCCCUCACCCAGGCUGUGCAGAGCCUGUCGGAAGAAAAGGCGGAGCUUAGAAGGAAGGAACAGGCUCUGCGGUUGCUAGGGAAACGACUCAGCCAAUCACAGCAAGAGAAACAAAAGCUACAGCAGAACAUCAACAGUGCAGAGAGUGCACUACACAUGGCAGCAAAGAGGAAAGACUUCUUGUCCAGCUACAUGAGGUCUGUGGAGGCUAAACUGACAGAGCUGAAAGAUUGCCUCAUUCUCUCUCGGUUCACAACCUCAAAAGGGGACUUUAUUCUGCACUUACCCAGAAUGCACCUGGACGUACCUGGAAUUGGAGGGCCGGAGAUUGCUGCCUGUCAGACUCUCACACAGAAGGCUAUGGAAGUGUUUCAGCUGGCGUGCUCCAGAAUGGCGUCUCUGGAGAGGGAGAUCUUGUGUCAUCAGUCCCACGUGAUGUCUCUGAAGAGCGAACUACAGGAAGCCUGUCUAGAGAACCAGAGCUACGUGCCUGUGAUCAGACCUGAUGAACCUCAGGCUCCACUUAGCAAAGCAGAGGUGGAUUCUGGGACAACACCGUUCUUAGAUGCUGGUGUGUCAUUGAAAGAUGUCCCCAGAAACAUGCACCCUCUCCAAAGUAAAUCCCUGUGUUGUUCACUAAAGAAAAGCGGAACUGGGAAAAAAGCUUCCAGAAACUCUACAAUUCUCCAAGAGGCCUUGAAAUCAUAAACAAAAAACAGCUCCGUAUUCAUAACUUAGGAAUACCUGCAUUAAAUACUUGUUAGUAUUGUACUUUAUUUUAUUUGAAUACAACAAGCGGUGUGUGUUAUGCUCAUGUUACUCCUACUAAUUACCGUUAAGUAACAAAUGUAGUGUGUACUGGAAAUAAACAAUGCUGAACAGAAACUAAAGUCUACCUCACU